CUCGUGUUCGUUCAGUUCGAUUUCAACUGUUGACGUGUUUGCAAGCGUGUUAUCGUCGUGCGUCCGCUCGUUCGUAUUUUGCUAUCGAUUCUCGUCUCGCCGCGACAACAACAAAGAAAGCUCGAAAAACGCGUCGGCAAAUUAUUAAACACAGAGAGCUCAAGAAGUGUACCAAAAAUACAAAUCAAAAGAAAAACCACAGAAAGAAAACCCAGUAAAAACAAGCAGUGUGAUCAAAACAGUGUGCUAAAAAUAGAAAGAGUUGUUGAGUGUUUGAGUCUUUUGACAAAAAAAAAUGCGUAGCUAUUAAAAGCGAGCAGUGGAGAACUCGAGCAGCCGCAUAGCCGCAUAGAGGGAUAGAAGCAGCCGAUCCCGAUCCGAUCCCGAUUCCUCCUGCCCCCGGUAGCACAGAAACACAUUCAAAAUUAUACUCGAAAUGGAUAUGACCUCAACAGCGGAGGCUGCCGCUCGCAGCUGGUAUGAUAGUCCGCGCUUGGGGGGCGGCGGCUCCUCCGGCGGCGGUGGCGGCGGCGGCAAUGGGGGCGGCGUCUCGCCCCAGACGAACGGCCUUGGCAGCGCCGGCAGCAGCCUGGCCCAUAGCCACCACAGCCUCUCCAGCGGCGCCAGUUCGGCGGGCAGCAGUGUGGGCGUGGGAGCGGCGCUGGGCGGCGGCGGCGGAUCCGGACUGGACACCAGCGACAUGAGCGCCUUCUACGCGCUGGAGAGCAACGGACACCACCGGCGCUACUACCCCAGCUACCAUCAGCACACAUCCCGCAUGCCCUCCACACAUGCCACGCCCCAAGUGUGCCGGCCGCACUUCCACACCCCGCUGAGUCCCUGGCUGACCAGCGAGCACAAGUCCUUCGCCCCCGCGAGUGCCUGGAGCAUGGGCCAGUUCGCCUGCCCCCAGGAGCCGCAGGUGGAGCACAAGCUGGGCCAGAUGGGCCAGAGCCACCAGACGACGGCCGCCGGCCAGCACUCGUUCCCCUUCCCGCCGACGCCGCCAAAGGACUCCACGCCCGACUCCGUGCAAACCGGUCCAUCCGAGUAUCAGGCGGUGAUGAACGCGUUCAUGCACCAGCAGGCCACGGGCUCUACCUCACUGACGGACGCCAGCUGUGCGCUGGACAUCAAGCCGUCGAUCCAGAACGGCAGUGCGAGCGGAUCCUCCGGCAGCGGCACCACCCACACGUCGGCGCCCAAGCAGCGCGAAGGUACUACCAGCACCACUAAUUCCAGCUCCAACUCCAGCAGCAGUCAGCAGCAGCAGCAGCAACAGCAGCAACAGCAGCAGCAGCAACAGAGCAGCAGCAACAGCAACACCACCGCCAGCAGCAACACCUCCGCCUCGUCCGCCGCAGCAGCAGCAUCCCUGUCCGCCGCCGCUGCCGCCGCCUCCGCAGCCACAUCCUCAAACGGACUGUUCGACGGAACGGCGCAGGCGUACAGCAGCGGGGGCGGCGGCGGGGGCGGUGGAGGCGGCAGCGGUGGCUACGACAGCUCGUACGCCUCGUACCACCAUGCAGCGGCGCACCAUCAAGCGGCGGCGGUAGCGGCGGCGAAUAUGUUCCAAAGUUCCUCGGUCGCGGCGGCUGCAGUGCGUCAUAGUAUGGCGGCGGCGCAGGCGCACCACCAUCACCAUCACCACCACAGUGGCCACCAUCAUGGUGGCGCCUCCGCGGGCAUGCACGGCCUGGGCGGCGCGGUGGGCGGUGGCGGUGGGGGCGGCACCGCCGGCAUGGGCAGCAUGAGCGGCGGCAGCGGCGGAGCGGGAUCGCUGAGCGGGCACAGCGGCGGCAGUAACGCCGGCCUGGACGUCAAGCCCGUGCGGACAAAGCCGCGGACAAGUGCUGAGGGACGCGAGUGUGUGAAUUGCGGCGCCACAUCGACGCCACUGUGGCGACGCGAUGGAACGGGACACUAUCUGUGCAACGCCUGUGGCCUGUACUACAAAAUGAACGGCCAGAACCGACCGCUGAUCAAGCCAAAGCGAAGACUGACCCUGCAAUCGCUGCAAAGUGCGGCCAAAAGGGCGGGCACAUCCUGCGCCAACUGCAAGACCACAACCACAACCCUUUGGCGACGCAAUGCCAGCGGCGAACCCGUGUGCAACGCCUGCGGAUUGUACUACAAGCUGCACAAUGUCAAUCGUCCGCUUACGAUGAAAAAGGAGGGCAUUCAGACGCGUAACCGCAAGCUGAGCUCCAAGUCCAAGAAGAAGAAGGGUCUGGGCGGCGGCUGUCUGCCAAUUGGCGGACACUUGGGCAUGGGCGACUUUAAGCCACUGGAUCCUUCGAAGGGAUUCGGCGGCGGCUUCUCGGCCUCCAUGGCGCAACAUGGACACCUCUCGAGCGGACUGCAUCCGGCACAUGCGCACAUGCACGGCAGCUGGUACACCGGCGGCAUGGGCGCAUUGGGCGCCUCGAGCGGACUGCAGGGCGGCUUCUCCACCGCCGGCUCUCUCGGCGGAGCGGUGGUGCCCCACUCGCAGCCCUACCACUUGGGCCUCAGUUCGAUGGGCACCUGGCGCACUGACUACACGUGAUGGAGCGGGAACAACUUGAACAACAAUCUGUUCAGUUAGAGCCGCGACUCACCCACUCCUCAGUCGAGCUGAUGGAGCAGUAAAUAAAUCGAGACAAAACGAAAGAAAACGAAAACCAGACAAAACACAAUGCCAAACUGAGGACUCCUUGGCCAGCAAUUGACAGUGGCACCAAGGCCUUGACAUCCCAACCAAAAUUUGAUGGAGUGUGGGGGAGGGGGGGUGUGCGGACUGGACGAACGCUGGCUAUUCCUAAUUGUAAACAUUGCGUGCAAUUUUUAAUUAUUUAAGCUUUGUCGCUGUUGCUGCUGAAACUGCGAGCCGAGUGCCGGCAGCAAUAACAAAAGCCCCAUUAAAAUUAAUUAAAGGGCUGCACAUUACUUUUAUUUUAUUUUUCCUUUAUGGCUUUUCUGUGAGUGUUUGUAUAGUUUUUCCUUAUGUUUCAUAUUUCGCUUAAUUAAUUUAAUUUCUCGCCGCAAAUUCAGCGUAUUUAAUUGUGCUUUAUGAACUGCCAUAAAAACAGAAUGAGGGGGGAAAUUUCAUAAAUAUUUAUUGUGUACAUAUAACAGAAAACGAGAAUCAAGCACACAGAGAACUAAAAUUAUUAUAUACAAUAAACAAAAACAGUUACAAUGCACGUCCAAAAGUAAACAUUUUUGUAUAAAUUAAAACAAAAAACAAAAAUCGUAGGUAUAAGAAAAGUUGCUUGAGAUGUUUGUCCUAAUUCGCAAAACGCAAUUGAAAAUUGCACAAAUACUUUAGAGCGUACGCCUACUGUAAACUAGUUAAAUUCUUAGACUCUAAACAAAACAGACGUGAUAAACAAAAAGUAAAAUCUAUAUAUAAAUAUUAAUAUAACAAAUUUCACUAAAGCGCGCCAUUAGCAAUUGUAAAAUAAAUUUAACAAAAUGUAGAGAAGAAAAAUGUUUUAGAUUGAAAGCAAAGGCCGCCGUCAACUUUUUAAACUAAAAAACACACUUAAAUGUUCAAUGUUAAUGCCUAAGUCUUAAAAAUAUACACACAUACACAUUAAAAUAUACAUAGACUUAAACGUAAUGUAAUAAAUUUAAUUAAAUUAAAUGUUAAAGGCAAUUUGUAAAAUACAUUUGUUAGCAAUUUUUGUAAAAUUAUAGAGAAAACAAAAAAAAAAAAAAACCACAAAAAAAAAAACAAAUCCAACUAAACAUAAAACCGUAACCCCCUAAGUUGUGUGUAUAAAGCCAGUUUAGUCCUAACCUAAUUUAUGUCUGAGGUAUAAACAGAAUACGAUAUGUAUAACUAUAUAUAUAAAUAAUAUGUAUUAUGUGCUAAGUGUAAACGAUAAAUGUAUUGUAAUUUGGCCAUAUUGAUAGUUGAAUAUAUAUAAAUCAAAGCAAAAAUAAUGUUUAUUUAAAAUCGAAACAAAAAAAUGGAAAAUUGUAUUAAAUUUA